AAGAGUACAAAAACAAAGCAAAACGAAAGCUUUUCUGAGAGAAAAAAAAAAAGCAAAACAAAAGCAACUCCCACUGAGAGACUGUCAGUAACUCCCAUACAAAACAGCUCCGACUCUUCCUCCUCUGAAUAUAACGCCAGCUCCAUGCCCUAAACUCUCUCUCUUACUGAACUCGGUUUUUUGUUUUUUUUAGUUUCCUAGAAAUGGCCGAAGCGGCUUUCUCCAAGCCCGGCACCUUCUUCUUUACGCCGAAACCAUCACCCUUGAGCACCUUCUUACUCGUCCUCAUCCUCUGCAUUCUGGGAUUCUAUACCCUGCAUUACCCGCACCCUACACUCUUGCAAUCAAAUUCCCAAAAUGCUCCCCGCUUCCGCCAGAUUUUCCUCUCCUCUGCCACCAACUACACCUUCGCAUCCUACCUCCGCGCCCUCACCCAGCAUCCUCACCUCGCCGGAACCAAACCCUCCCUCGACACUACCCAUUACGUCCUCUCCCACUUCAAGGACCUUGGACUCGAAACUCGCACCGCCCAGUACCGAGCCCUCCUCUCUUAUCCCGUGCACUCCUCCCUCUCUGCGCAUUUUAGCGACGGCACCGUCCUUGACCUGCCCUUGACGGACUUUACGCAAGCGACUCGGGACGUGGUGUUACCCUACCAUGCGUACUCGCCGUCCGGGUCGGCGUACGCUAAGGCGGUGUUUGUUAAUUACGGUACGGAUGAUGACUAUCGUGCGCUGGGGUUAUUGGGGGUGAACGUUAGCGGGUGCGUGGUGAUUGCGAGGAAGGGUGAUUUGCCCAGAGGGGUCGUGGUUCAAAAGGCCGAGGCGCAUGGGGCUGUAGCUAUGCUACUGUACGCCGAGGGGGACGGGUUUAGGAAGGGUUUUGAGAGAGGAACCGUGAUGAAGGGCGUGGGGGACCCACUGAGUCCGGGGUGGGCUGGGGUUGAUGGUGGUGAGAGUUUGGACUUGGAGGACACCGAGGUUUUGAAAAGAUUUCCCAAAAUUCCGUCCAUGCCCUUGUCUGCCGAGGCUGCCGAAGUCAUAUUGGGCUCGCUCGGGGGCGCACCGUUUCCAUCGGAGUGGCGCAUCGGCAUCGGGCAUGUCGGCCCGGGACCCACAAUAUUGAACUUCACUUACCAGGGGGAGAAAAGGGUAGUGACUAUUCAUAAUGUUUUUGCUGUCAUAAGGGGGUUGGAAGAGCCUGACCGCCAUGUGCUACUUGGCAAUCAUAGAGAUGCAUGGACAUAUGGUGCUGUUGACCCCAACAGUGGAACCGCAGCCCUGCUUGACAUUGCCCGUCGAUAUGCUCUUUUGAUGCGUUUGGGCUGGCAGCCUAGAAGGACAAUAAUUCUCUGCAGUUGGGAUGCAGAAGAGUUUGGGAUGAUAGGCUCCACUGAGUGGGUUGAACAAAACCUAAUGAAUCUCGGCCCCAAAGCUGUAGCGUACCUUAAUGUAGAUUGUGCCGUUCAAGGUCCAGGUUUCUUUGUUGGUGCAACUCCUCAGCUAGACAAUCUUCUUCAUGAGGUUACAAAGAAGGUUAAGGAUCCCGAUUCAGAGGAUGCGACGGUGUAUGAGAGGUGGGCUGCCACAAAUAUAGGCAUACAUAUACAAAGACUUAGUGGAGUGGAUUCUGAUUUUGCUCCAUUCCUGCAACACGCAGGGGUUCCUUCUGUUGAUUUAUACUAUGGCAGAGAUUUUCCUGUCUAUCACACGGCUUUUGACUCCUAUAACUGGAUGACAAAUUAUGGAGAUCCAUUGUUUCAGCGGCAUGUGGCUGUUGCAGGAAUUUGGGGAACUCUGGCCCUUCACCUGGCUGAUGAUUCUAUUCUACCAUUCAAUUACCUUUCAUAUGCUGAUCAGUUGCAGGGGUAUAAAAACAUCUUGAGCAACAUUUUGAAUGGUAGUGUAUCCCUACAUCCUCUGACGACAUCAAUUCAAGAACUUGCAUCUUCGGCUAAAGAAGCUGAGAAUGAAGCGAAGAUACUGCAAAAGCAGGAAACUACAGAUGAUUCUGUGGUGUUGAAAAAGCGAGCAUUGAAUGAUCGACUGAUGCAUGCUGAAAGAGGGUUCUUGGAUGCAGAUGGGCUUCAAGGAAGGCAGUGGUUUAAGCAUCUUAUUUAUGGGCCUCCAAGUGACUACGAGAGCAAGCUGGUUUUCUUCCCAGGAGUAGCAGAUGCUAUAUCUGGAUCUGCAAGAAUGAGUAGAAAAGAGAGGAAAGCGGCGAUUCAGCAUGAGAUCUGGAGGGCUGCUAGAGCUAUACAAAGAGCUGCCAGAGCCCUUAAAGGGGAAUUCACCUGAAAAAAGCUAUAGGAAAAGUCACACGUAGGGGAAGAGAGGGAAAGCGAUAUGCCUUGACUUUGUAUAUAUGAGUAGGAAUAAUCUCUCGUUACUGUUCUCUGUGGUGCAGUUUUUGUGUGUUGCAAUUGAAGUAUGCGAAAUGGGCUUU